AUGUCCGUCCCGUUCCCCCGCGCGAGCAUCGAGCUCGACUACCCGCUCUACGCCCUCGACUUCGACCCCGAGGAUGCGCAGCGCCUCGUUGUCGGUGGAGGAGGCGGUGCCGGCCGCUCCGGCGUCGGCAACAAGAUCACCGUUUUGGACGUCGCAUCGCAGAACGAGCUGCGCGUAGCCGCCGAUGUCGAGCUCUCUCGCGACGAGGACAGCGUCAUGUCCCUCGCCGUAGGCCCGCGCAAAGGCAAGACGACAUACGUGUUCGCCGGUGUGAAUUCGGGCCCCGAUGACAUCGCCAAGGGCAAGAACGAGAACCUGCGCACCCUCGCCAUUGAGCAGUCCAAGGCCCGGGGCUCCGCCGGCGUCAAGACCCCCGAAGCCAAGGUCCAGGAGCUGUCGCGCGUCGCCGCCUUUGCCAACCCCGAUGCAGAUACCUACCAGCGCCUGCUGCGGGUGUGCGGCCCCGUUGGCGCCGCCGCCACGGCCAUGGGAAAGGACCCUCAGAUCGCCGUUUUCGAUGCCGUCCCUUCGGCGGGCGGCGUGCCCAAACCCAGAGGCGUCGUCGAGCUGCCACGCGACGCUGAAGACUUGGACAUUGUGCAGACCGGCGACGGCCAAUUCCAAUUGGCAUUCUGCCACAAGUAUGAGCUGCGACUCCUCGACAUCGGCAAGGAGGAGACGGAGCCACGACUCGUUUUCACGAUGCCCGACGACCACGGCGAGCGGCCAGUCUUCCGCUCCAUCAGAUACUUGUCCCCAGAGUUCAUCCUUGCCGUCUCCAAUCUGCCAAAGCGGAGCGGCGUGCUAAUCCAGGGCUUCCGUCUGCCGUCGCCCGGCCACGAAAACGCUCGCAUCGCCGUCACGACGCGCAUACCGCGCAAAAUCUCUGCUACUGCCAUGGCCGUCGCCAACCUCGCGCCCUCCGAAACACCCGGCGGCCCUCUGCGCGAUACGCAGUUCAUCGUCGCCGUCGCCGGCAACGACUCGUCCAUCUCCAUCUACACGCUUGAGCACCAGCUCUCGACUGCGCUGAACCUGCUCCACGACCUGUAUCCCCUUUACACGCUCAAGGACGUCCACGGCGCCGACAACAUCACCGGCGUCGCCUUCUCCCGCUUCGUCACCCCCAAGGCACACAUCCGGCAGCAGUUUAUCAAGCUCGCCAGCAUCUCGCUCCAAAAGUCUGUUGCCGUGCACAGCAUCCCGCUCAAGAAGUUCGUCGACCGCCAGCCCCGCAACGCCAAGGCACCGCCUCGCCCGGCGAGAUACGUCACCGCAAUGAAGGCGCGACAGCCGUCGCAUCGCUCCCUCAUCAUAACCCUAACAUGCAUGGUGCUCCUCAUGGCCAUUGUGUACCAAUCCGUCAUGGAAAUGUAUGGCCGGUCACGCCCCAUUCUCUCUGCGCAGCAAUGGCUCCCCUCUUGGCACGGCACAUUGCGCUCCCCGGACCACCAGCCGCCCGUCUUCUUCGAGAACCACAUCAUCUCCAAGCUCGCCGGCGGCAAGACUCUCCUCGAGGGCGAGACCAUGGUCCUCUACGAGACCCAAGCCCCCAACGGUGAGGCCGAAGCCACCCUCACUGCCGACGUUCAUGACCACGAGGUCCACGGCCCAGCUAAGAAGUGGGAGGACCUCUCCGCCCCCCAGAAGCUCGCUUGGCGCCAGCGCCUGCGCGAGGCGGGCGCCUGGACGCAGGGCAUGGGCGAGAGCGUCUUCAAGGGCAUCCUGUUUGGGCAGAUUGCUGGCGCCAUAGGCGACGCUGUGGGCAACUAG